AGCCUCGGGGCCUGACGGGAUUGUGGCGGUCCUCUCUCCCAACUCGGAAGCUGCGGCUACCUCCGGACGCUUUCAAGAUGGCGACCUCUCUGGGUUCCAACACCUACAACAGGCAGAACUGGGAGGAUGCGGACUUCCCUAUUCUGUGCCAGACGUGUCUUGGAGAAAACCCAUAUAUCCGAAUGACCAAAGAAAAGUACGGGAAGGAAUGCAAAAUCUGUGCCAGGCCAUUCACAGUGUUUCGCUGGUGCCCCGGGGUCCGCAUGCGUUUCAAGAAGACUGAAGUUUGCCAGACCUGCAGUAAAUUGAAGAAUGUCUGUCAGACCUGCCUCUUGGACCUAGAGUAUGGCUUGCCCAUCCAGGUUCGUGACGCAGGAUUGUCUUUUAAGGAUGACAUGCCAAAGUCCGAUGUCAACAAAGAAUACUACACACAGAAUAUGGAGCGAGAAAUUUCUAACUCUGAUGGAACACGGCCAGUUGGCAUGUUGGGGAAGGCCACAUCCACCAGUGACAUGCUGCUCAAACUGGCCCGGACCACACCCUACUACAAAAGAAAUCGACCCCACAUUUGCUCCUUCUGGGUGAAAGGAGAAUGUAAGAGAGGAGAGGAGUGUCCAUACAGACAUGAGAAGCCAACAGAUCCGGAUGACCCCCUUGCUGAUCAGAAUAUUAAAGACCGAUAUUAUGGAAUCAAUGACCCUGUGGCAGAUAAACUUUUAAAGCGGGCAUCAACAAUGCCUCGUCUGGACCCACCAGAGGACAAGACUAUCACCACACUGUAUGUUGGUGGUCUGGGCGAUACCAUUACUGAGACAGAUCUAAGAAAUCACUUCUACCAGUUUGGAGAGAUCCGAACAAUCACUGUUGUGCAGAGACAGCAGUGUGCUUUCAUCCAGUUUGCCACAAGGCAGGCUGCAGAAGUGGCUGCUGAGAAGUCCUUUAACAAGUUGAUCGUCAAUGGCCGCAGGCUCAACGUGAAAUGGGGAAGGUCCCAAGCAGCCAGAGGAAAAGAAAAGGAGAAGGACGGAACCACAGACUCUGGAAUCAAGCUAGAGCCCGUUCCAGGGCUACCAGGAGCUCUUCCUCCUCCUCCUGCCGCAGAAGAAGAGGCCUCAGCCAACUACUUCAACCUACCCCCGAGCGGUCCUCCAGCCGUGGUUAACAUCGCCCUGCCACCCCCACCUGGUAUUGCCCCGCCCCCACCCCCAGGUUUUGGGCCACACAUGUUCCACCCAAUGGGACCACCCCCUCCUUUCAUGAGGGCUCCAGGACCAAUCCACUAUCCUUCUCAGGACCCUCAGAGGAUGGGAGCUCAUGCCGGGAAACACAGCAGCCCCUAGCACAUUAUCACCACUCUAGGGAUCUACGGAAGAGAGGGCGCUUAAAAAUCCCAGUAAAUGAAUCUUGGAAUAAAUAUAUUUUUCCUUCCUUUGUACUUUCCAUGAUAACGGAAUGUGUUCAGAUGUGGGCAGUUGGAGAACAACAGCCGUGCUUUCCUACAUGUGCUCAAAGGAUUGAUGGACCUGAAAUAAGCUGCCAUUAACACAUCUGGUUACUGCUAUAACAUUACUAAUAAAGCUUAAUGCCUCUUCCCCUUACCUGUAUGGGGAACAAGCAACUGGGUAAAUUGGAAUGUCCAGUGGAGUUACCAUCCCAAUUAAAUGUUCAUUUUGUAUCUUUUCUGGGGGGAAAAAGUUGACCUGCAGUAAAAAAACAAACAACUUUGACCAUUUUUAUGUCCAUUGGAUAUCUUCCUUUUUAUCAUCUAAAAAAAGAUUACUAGUACUAAUCAUUGUAGUGGCAAGAGUGUGAUUUAAUGCUUCUAAAGUCACACUCAGAAAGACAAGUAGAAACCAGCAGCCAGCACAGCCCAGGUCUUUUCUCAUCUCUCCUCAUUUAUUACUAAAGGAAUCUGGCUGAUAGUUUUACUUCUUUAUGCUACCAAAAAAAGACAAAGAUAAAAAUUACUUUUUAUUCCUGUCAAUCAGAUGGAAACACAGAUGUCAUGGGGCUGUGUAUCAUUGAAGAAACCUGGUGUCUAGGAUGAAAUUAUUUUAAAGAACUUCCAGUAAAACACUUGAACAAACUGUGAAAGGAAAAGAAUUAGAGUGUGUUUGAAUGGAAGACUUGUGACCUAUAGCUGGAACUUUGAUCUUCAGCAUUCACCUUUGUGUGACUUCAGCGUCUCAUUUUAAUUCCCUGCUUCUGGGCAGGGGACUCUGGUCUUAGAAUAUUUGGAUAUAACUGAAUUGUAGAUGGCAAAAAAAAAAAAAAAAAUUGAUGUUGUGGUUUUGUUUUUAAAAAAUUAAAACGGGUCAAUUUUCUAAAUGUUGUCAUAGGUUUAUUUCUGUUUUCUUUAUCCUUGGUAGCUGAACUUGAGGUCAGUGGGAGUUAGAAACAAGUUACAGAUAAAUAUGUUUUUGUUUUAGACUGUUUUGAUUCUGAUCUCUAUCCAUUCUAAAAGAACCAGGCCUUUUUAGUACUUAUGUCAAAGGUUAGUUGUGGGCUUGAAAUAGGAAUACACAGAAGGCACAGCACAGAGCCUGUCAUGUGGUUGUUGAUACAUGGUAGCUUUAAAAAGUUGUCCUAGUUAUUAUACAAGUCAUUUUAAAAGGAAACAGGAAAAAUUUAUCUGCAAGUGCAUUUUACCAGAAGCCAAUUCCCAUGUCAUUUUUAUCUAAAAUACGUACUUACAGAAUGGGUAUACCCCUUAUUACCCUAUCUUAGCUUCUCUGGAGAAUUUUUGUUGUUUUCUUCGAGAGGACUUUAUCUUGCCUUGUUUUUUUUAAGAUCUAAAAUUAAUCUAGAAGCACUUAGAAAUUUUGAUUUUAAUUCUAGUAAUAUCGGAUGUGAAGCAAUGUAGGGGUACUUCCAAGUAUUUUGACACCCUUUUGGGUAGGGUUUUUUACUUUUGAGCAGGUGAGAGGUUUUUAGCCAAUUUGUGAAUAAUGUGAAACAUAGUGUUUUAAUAAUUGCCAAAUUCAAUUAUAUCUGUACAUAUUUAUAUACACGCGUAAAUAUGACUAUCCAAUUUGCGUAUUCUUGCCUUUUUGAGAAAGAGAUUCUAAAUUCUGUGCACUACCUGGCUGUGGAUGUGUAUUUUUUUUUAAAGCAUAAACCAACAUAAAUUGAAGUAUAGAAUAGAUGCUUGAUUAGUCUUUCUUAUGGAAAUCAGAAUUAUGAGGAAUUAGCUUUUGGCAAAAACUCUUAGGUGCUUACCAAACUCCAUUUCCUUCUCUAGGGUGUACAGCCAGGGGUACACUUGGCGAAAAGUAAACUUUGCCAUUCCCAGGCCUCUGUAAAAAACAUCUCACCCAUCCAGUCCUAUGAGCUUUUUCCCCAUCUGCUGGCUGAAUGCACAGGAGGAUGAUCCCUGGAAGACGGCAGAGUCACACAAUGGAAGGAGCCUGGGUUACUUUAUCACUGCUUCAAGGAGAGCAUUGUGACAAGAGGAAUUUUUGUUAUAGUAAGCCAUUGAGACUUGGGAAUCUGUCUGUAACAGCAGCUAGUGUUACUCUCAUAAAAGGUGUAAUCAGAUCUGAUCACACAAAAAAAGCAGAAACCCAUUUUUGUACUGAGUAAUGGUGAUUUUUUAAAUUUAUUUUUAUUCAAGUAUAGUUGAUUUAUAAUGUGUUAAUUUCUGAUGUACAGCAAAGUGACUCAGUUAUAUACAUAUAUACAUUCUUUUUUAUAUUCUUUUCCAUUAUGGUUUAUCCAAGGAUAUUGAAUAUAGUUCCCUGUGCUGUACAGUAGGACCUUGUUAUUUAUCCAUUCUAUAUGUAAUAGUUUACAUCCACUAACCCCAAACUCCCAGUCCAUCCCCCCCCCCAACCUUGGUAACUACAGGUAUGUUCUCUACGUCUGUGAGUCUGUUUCUGUUUCGUAGAUAAGUUCAUUUGUGUCAUUUUAGAUUCCACAUACAAGUGAUAUCAUAGAGUAUUUGUCUUUCUCUUUCUGACUUACUUCACUUAGUAUGAUAAUCUCUAGUUGCAUCCAUAUUGCUGCACAUGGCAUUAUUUCACUCUUUUAUGGCUGAGUAGUAUUCUACAUCUUCUUUAUCCAUUCGUCUGUCAAUGGACAUUUAGGUUGUUCCCAUGUCUUGGCUUCUGUGAAUAGAGCUGCUAUGAACAUUGGGGUGUAUGUAUCUUUUUGAAUUACAGUUCUGUCCAGAUAUAUGCUCAGGAGUGGGAUUGCUGGAUCAUUUGGUAACUCUAGUUUUAGUUUUCUGAGGAACCUCCAUACUGUUCUCCACAGUGACUGCACCAACUUAUAUUCCCACCAAUAGUGUAGGAGGGUUCCCUUUUCUCCACACCCUCUCCAGCAUUUGUUAUUUGUAUACUUUUUUAAAAAUAAAUUUAUUUAUUUUUUAUUUA